UAUGGGGAUUGGCUUAAGGCUACUGAUGGCAACUAUGGUUACAAAUCAAACUCAGCUACCACUCCAGAGAGUCACACUGAUGAUAACCACACCACAGGCCAAGGAACAGGCUCCAAUCCACAAGAGGAUGACAUUGGGUUCAAAUCAGCAGACAGUGGAGUGAGAGCAGGAAUAGGAAGAGAAGUCAGUGUUGCUGAGAAUGCUGCUUCAGAAGAUGGUAACAUUAUAACAGGGAAGGAGAUCUCUAUUGCAAAUGAUGAAACAAACCUUUUUCAAGGUGCUACUUCAAGCAUAGUAGUGGCCAAAGGAGUAGAACUGAUGGACACUAUCCCUGAGCAGAACAACACUAGCACUGCUGACCAGGGCCUUCAAGAGCUUAACACAACCCCAAAAGAAACGUUUGGACCAGAAAAUCAACUACUGCUAGAAACCCAAGGUCUCGAAACUAUUUUUGAGAUCACUGAAUGCACAGAAAGACAGCGUAUUAUUUGUGCUCAACUGCAAAUGACCGGAGAUGCUCGGCUAUGGUGGAACUCCUACUGGGGCAUGCGUCCUGGGGAGAAAGAAAAUCUCACUUGGAUGCAAUUCAAGGAGAUGAUGGAAGAGAAAUACUAUCCAGCUCUCUAUCGGGCUGAGAUGGAACGUCAAUUCUUGGCAUUAUCCCAAGGAAAUCGUACAGUUGAUGAGUAUGAGAGAGAGUUUACUAGAUUGGGAUCUUUUGUCAAAUAUCUGGUGGACACAGAGGCUAAAAAGGCAAGACGAUUCCAAGAUGGGUUACAACGAGAAAUCC